CGGAAGUGAAAUAUCUGUUGCUGUUGGACAAACAGCCGCUGACGCUGCUAGCACCGCGGCCGAUAACAACGACCGCAGAGCUAACAUUUAUAAGACCUCUUGAAUUGGCUUCGUGUAAACAACUUACGCCUUUCUCUCUCGUGAUUUAGGGCAACGUUAGUCACUUUGCUGUGGCGAACGUUAUGCCUCAUUUAUUGUCAAGGCUUAGGUUGCAUUCUUAGCAUUAGCCUCAGAGCAAAGGUCUGACUGCCAGACAUGGAGACUCGGGGUGUCGAGGACAUGUUUGAUUUCCGUCGGUUUCCUAAAGACACAAUAAUCCUUUUGCUGUUGCUGGUUUACUUUCCUGUUGGCGUUUGUUUGAUGCUCAUACGGAUCUUCAUCGGAGUUCAUGUGUUCCUGGUCAGCUGUGCACUUCCAGAAAGUUUUGUCAGAAGAUUUAUUGUUAGGAUAAUGUGCUCAGUCCUGGGGAUGCAUGUGAGACAAAGAAACCCACGCUCCAGGGACAAGAACACCAAGCUGUACAUAUGCAAUCAUGUGACGGACUUUGACCACAACAUAAUCAACCUUCUGACCCCUUGCAACACUCCCCAGUUAGAGGGCUCAACAGGCUUUUUGUGCUGGGCCAGAGGCUUCAUGGAAAUCCAUUCAUCAUCUAUCCAAGGAGCGAUAGCAGAGACUCUACAGAGAUACUGCUCCAGUGAAGGCAUCCCACCUCUGCUCCUGUUUCCUGAAGAGGACACCACAAAUGGCCGUGCUGGCCUGCUCAAGUUCAGCUCCUGGCCCUUCUCUCUGACUGAUUCUAUUCAGCCUGUGGCCUUACGGGUGACCAGACCAUUGAUUGCUCUGAGUACACCAGUGUCCAGUUGGCUGAUGGAGCUUUUGUGGACAUUUUUUGCCCCAUGUACAGUGUAUCAUGUAAGUUGGCUCCCAGCCAUAUCAAGACAAGAUGGUGAGUCGAUGCAGGAGUUUGCCAACAAAGUCCAGGAGCUGCUAGCCGGUGAACUUGGUUUGGUGUCCACCAAGAUCACGAAAGCCGAUAAAGCAGAGCACAUUAAAAGGAAACGACAUACUGCACCACAAACAUCGACAAAUGUCGGACCUGCAUCUAUCGGCCUCGGUUUCAUGGUCCAGAGUUUGGGCACAGAUGAUCAUCAGAUUGCCAAAAUGGCCCAACAGGUGAAGGACGUGCUACCUCAUGUCCCUCUGAAUGUAAUCACCAAGGACUUAGCAAAAACCAAUUGUGUUGACGCAACCAUAACAAACUUGCUUGAGAACAAGGAGGAUCCCCAAAUGGAGGCAACCGGGACAUCAUCUUCAGGGUCUUCAGAGAACAGCUCCUUUCCCUCUGGUUCUGUGCCCACCAUAAAGCCUGCUGCCAAAUCUUUUGGGAAAUCACCAUCUGACAGACAUCUGUCUCUCAAAGAGAGGAAAGAAGCACUCUAUAAUUUUGCAAGAAGACGCUACAGAAAACAUGGAUUGGAUCAAGAGGACAGUCACUGAGCACACUUUGGGUCAAGCCAUCGACACGUCGGAGAGAAACAUAUUCAACUCGCAUUGCUUUCUAAUUUGAAUGAUGACUUUUAUAUAUUCUGUCAACAGGUUUGGAUAAACGACAGAUUUGUUUGAUGCAAUAUUGAACACAAGUAUUGAGAACAUAUAAACAUUGAUGGAAUGGUAAUUCUGCAUGUGUUGAUUCGUCAUUCUGACUGAUACAUAUUUUGAUAUCAAUUUGUAUUAUGAUCCACUGACUGUGAAUCAUCUAUUUAUUUUUAUAAUGUCCAGGGACGUCAAUGAAAAUAAAGUUCAGUUUGACUGUAA